CAUAGCGCUGAAAAACUUGUUGUUGUCGGGGAAAAUGGCGUCAAACGUAGAGGCCCCGGAGCGCUGGUACCUCGCCCUUCUCGGCUUUGCGGAACAUUUCCGAACCUCCAGUCCGCCUAAAAUCCGGCUCUGUGUGCACUGUCUCCAGGCGGUGUUUCAGUUUAAGCCUCCGCAGAGGAUCGAGGCUCGGACACAUCUUCAACUUGGCUCGGUCCUCUACCACCACACCAAGAACAGCGAGCUGGCCCGCAGCCACCUGGAGAAAGCGUGGUUUAUAUCUCAACAAGUCCCUCAGUUUGAAGAUGUCAAAUUUGAAGCUGCCAGCAUUUUGUCAGAGCUCUUUUGCCAACAGAAUUUGGUGGACUCUGCAAAACCUCUCCUGCGCAAAGCCAUCCAGAUUUCACAACAAACACCAUACUGGCACUGCAGAUUGUUGUUCCAGUUGGCGCAACUUCAUACACUGGAGAAAGACUUGGUGUCGGCAUGUGACCUGCUGGGGGUUGGUGCUGAGUACGCCCGAGUGGUCGGGUCAGAAUAUACCAGGGCACUGUUUCUUCUCAGUAAAGGAAUGUUGCUGCUAAUGGAGAGGAAGCUCGGGGAGGUGCAUCCUCUGCUCACACUGUGCGGAACUAUUGUAGAAAACUGGCAGGGAAACCCGAUCCAGAAGGAGUCCCUCAGGGUCUUCUUCCUGGUCCUACAGGUCACACACUACCUGGAUGCUGGACAGGUGAAGAGUGUGAAGCCGUGUCUGAAGCAGCUGCAGCAGUGCAUCCAGACCAUUUCUACACUCCACGAUGAUGAGAUUCUGCCCAGCAACCCGGCUGACCUCUUCCACUGGCUGCCCAAGGAGCACAUGUGUGUCCUCGUCUAUUUGGUGACAGUCAUGCACUCCAUGCAAGCAGGCUAUCUGGAGAAAGCUCAGAAGUACACAGACAAAGCUCUUAUGCAACUUGAGAAACUAAAAAUGUUGGACUGCAGCCCCAUCCUCUCUACCUUUCAAGUCAUUUUACUGGAGCACAUCAUCAUGUGUAGACUCGUCACGGGCCACAAGGCCACCGCGUUACAAGAGAUCUCACAGGUGUGUCAGCUGUGCCAACAGUCCCCCAGGUUAUUCACCAACCAUGCUGCUCAGCUUCACACGCUAUUAGGUCUGUACUGUAUCUCAGUGAACUGUAUGGAUAAUGCAGAGGCACAGUUUACCACAGCCUUGCGGCUCACCACACACCAGGAGCUGUGGACAUACAUCGUAACCAACUUGGCCAGUGUCUACAUAAGGGAAGGAAAUAGACACCAGGAGCUUUACAGCCUCCUAGAGAGAAUAAACCCCGACCAUAACUUCCCAGUAAGCUCCCAUUGCCUUCGUGCUGCAGCCUUCUACAUCAGGGGACUCCUGUCCUUCUUUCAAGGACGCUACAACGAGGCCAAACGCUUCCUGAGGGAAACCCUGAAGAUGUCUAACGCUGAGGAUCUGAACAGACUGACUGCCUGCUCCCUGGUUCUGCUGGGUCACAUCUUCUAUGUGCUGGGCAACCACAGAGAAAGCAACAACAUGGUUGUACCCGCCAUGCAGCUGGCCAGCAAGAUCCCUGACAUGUCUGUUCAGCUCUGGUCUUCAGCACUGUUGAAAGACUUGAACAAGGCCCUGGGGAACACCAUGGAUGCCCAUGAAGCGGCCCAGAUGCACCAGAACUUCUCCCAGCAGCUGUUGCAGGACCACAUCGCUGCCUGCAGCCUCCCUGAGCAUAACCUCAUCAGUUGGACUGAUGGCCCUCCCCCGGUCCAGAUCCAAGCCCAGAAUGGUCCGACCACCAGCCUCGCCAGCCUGCUAUGAGAACCCUUCUGUCUCACACAUGACGGCAGCUGGUACGUCAUCACAAGCAACAGACUGAUGCCUAACAACCUGCUAUCAGACCACUGUAGCUGAGAUUCGAGAGGAUUUUAACAGGUUGCAAAGUUCAGGCCUUCACUGUAUUAGCUUCUCAAGAUUGCUUCCUGAUUGUCUGCUAUCACUUCUUUGAUUGUUGUAAAGCAAUUACAACUACUGUUGUACAUGUAUUUCACGCUUUCUGAUGGACGCAGGGCAGGGCAGGGUCAGACUCUUGAUUCGAGUAGUGAAGGACACAUAGCGACGUAUUAAAGGGCUUCUUCGCCUCAGAUAUCGAGAACCCUUCUCUACGUUUGCCAGGUUUCUUUUCCAUUUGUUGGAAAAAGGAGGGAGUAGGUAGCGGGGCAGUAAAGUAAUGUAGAAGAAAUUAAUUUAUUCAUGUCGAUAUUUUUUUAUCUGUUGGUAAAUAUUUUACAUCUUGCCUUUUUUGUAUGGAUCAUAUGUUUUUUUUUUUUUUCAUGCAUGGAAGUUACUGAUGUGGACUCCUGUACAAUAGUUUCUGACUGGGGUUGUUGACAAUAAAUUCUUGGUUGAUUUCUUUUUUUUUUUUUUUUUU